GGGAGCAUCCGCCCACAAAAGCCACAGCAAUUUUAGAGUGCCUCAAAUGCAAUUGUGCAUCAAAAAAGUGAACAAUUGGAAAAUCGGGAAAUGUCGUGAGUGGAUUCCGCACAUAAAGACAUCCGGGAGUGAGAAACACGGAGUGGCCCGCGAGUGACGGUUUGGCAUUCAAAGAUAUUUAAAUGAAAGUGGGUGGGCCUUCGCGCAGACGGAGCUCUCUGACAGACCUGCGCUUAUAUCCGCGGAGGAAUAUUAUUUAAUUCCGGAUCUAACAGCGCAGAUAGGCUCGCGUUGAGCGCGUGAGGGACCGCCGCCGUUCGAAGCGAGAUUCUCAGACUCUUAGCAUUUUGUGCUCCGUUAUUGAAGGGUGUUUUUGCAUUGGCACCGCCCUUCCUGACGGGGUGGGUCCGUGCGUCAGAGCUGCGCCACGGUCUGCGGCCGCUGGAGAAAAUAGGCCGUCCUUCUUCUGGGCUGCUGCCUGCCUUCUGCCUGCCUGCCUUUUUUCUCUUAAACAACUCCUCUCCGGGUUUCAUUAAUGCGGAAUGAGUGAUCAAAAGAAAGAAGCCAUGGCCACAGAUGGUGGGAAAGCCAGCGGAGGUGAAGUUGGGACGAAAGGGAAAAGUUCUGGAUCGCAGGAUGCACAGCCGUCUCCUCUCGCAUUGCUGGCGGCGACGUGCAGUAAAAUAGGCGGUGUUGGGGGCGAGGGUCAGACGGCCACCCAGCAGCAGAUAAUAAUCGACCCCAACCAAGGUCUGCUUCAGCUCCAGAACCCCACGCAGCAGCUGGAGCUGGUUCCUGCACAGCUAACAGGAAACGGCUGGCAGAUCAUCGCCACUUCCCCUGCCACUGCAACCAAAGACAGCGUUCAGCAGCAGGCGGCCAACGAGAGCGCCGCGGGGCGAAAGGUCAAAGCGGCGGGUUCGAGUAACGCACCUGGCUCACAGCAGCAGCAGUUUCAGAUCAUCCAGGUGCAGAAUCUGCCGAACUCGUCCGGUGGGAUUCAGUAUCAAGUCAUCCCGCACCUUCAGACGGCCGACGGACAGCAGAUCCAAAUAAGCCCUAGUAACCCCACGGCUUUAAGCGUCCAGCCCGAACAGAUCCAGCUCAUUCCCGCCGGGAACAACCAAGCCAUUCUGGCCACGCCCCAAAGGGCGGGAUCAACCGGCAUCGUCGCGCAAAACCAGACGAUCCCGCUUCAAAUCAGACCGUCGUUUCCUUUGCAGCUGCAAACUAUUCAAGGUACGCAAGCUCCAAUGGUGACGACGUUACCUAUUAACCUCGGCGGCAUGACUCUGGCGUUGCCGGUUAUCAACAAUGUUGCAGCAGCAACAGGGGGCGGAGCUUCAGUUCAGCUCAUCCAAUCAGGCGACGGAAGCAUUUCAAAUGGAAACCAAGCGAGCACAGCGGAGUCCGCGUGCGGGACGGCCAGCGACGCAACAGCAGAUGCUACGACAUUAUCUACCGGAGCCGAAAGCCAGAAAGACAGUCAAGCGGGUGAGUCGGAUGCCCAGAAUCUCACCCAAUCCAACGGCCUCCAAUCUGCAUCCGAGCAGCCCGGACAAAUCCAGCAGUUCCAAAUCGUAGGGCACCCGGUCCUCCAGCAGAUCCAGAUCCAGUCGCCCCAACAGCAGGUGGUCCAGGGCUCCAUACAGACUUUGCAACCGAUGCAGCAGAACCUCCAGCUGCAGGCCUUCCAGAACCCCACGCAGGUUCUGAUCCGGACGCCCACGCUCACCCCGUCGGGUCAGAUCAGCUGGCAGACGGUGCAGGUGCAGAAUGCGGGCGUGCCCCAGCAGCUGACGCUCGCGCCUGUGGCUUCCAGCUCGAGUGGGGCGACGUUCACACAGAUCGCCCCGCUGACGCUCGGCGGGUCGCCCAUCACGCUCAGUGCCGCCCAGCUGUCCUCUGGGACCGGGGUGCAGACGGUGAACAUCGCAGGUUUGGGGGCGGCUGGAGUCCAGGUGCAAGGCGUCCCGCUCACCAUCACCGGCGUGCAAGGUCAGCAGCAGGGUCAAGAGGGGGUCAAAGUUCAGUCUGCCCCGGUGACGGUGACCGUGGGGAACAUCAGCAGCACGAGUCCAGAGCAGAUGGGGCAGGUCCAGAGCCCAUCAGAGACGGAGGGUCAGCCCGGAAAGAGGCUGCGCAGGGUGGCCUGCUCCUGCCCCAACUGCAGGGAUGGAGAGGGGAGAAAUAACAGCGACCCGUCAAAGAAGAAGCAGCACGUGUGUCACAUGGAGGGCUGUGGGAAGGUUUACGGUAAAACGUCUCACCUGAGAGCUCACCUGCGCUGGCACACGGGAGAGAGACCGUUCGUCUGCAACUGGAUCUUCUGCGGGAAACGCUUCACCAGGAGCGACGAGCUUCAGCGGCAUCGCAGGACGCAUACAGGUGAGAAGAGGUUCGAGUGUCCAGAGUGCUCCAAGAGGUUCAUGCGGAGCGACCACUUGUCAAAGCACAUCAAGACUCACCAGAACAAGAAAGGUGGUGCGGCACUUACCAUCAUCACCACAGAUGAGAUGGAGGAGGAGGUGGACGAGGCGCUGAGCUCGCCGAGGAUCGUCACUGUGGCCACGCUCUCGCAGGAUUCAAACCCGGCCACGCCCACCACUUCAAACAAUUUAGAGGAGGAGUUUGAGUAGUUUUCCCGCCAAAAACGAUCGGCUGAAAGCACCACGAUAUUGUUUGUCGGUUUGUUUCUAGGUUGAUUUGUUUAUGUUCUUCAUUCUUUUUUCUAUCGACGAUGGACAGCUGUUUGAGCGCACUCGAUUUUUCAUAUGGAGAUUUAAUACUAUCAAAUAUUAUGGCAAAGAAUAUAAUCUAAUGGAAAUAUGGAAUCGUAUGAGUUGUUAAGGGACCGGUUGAACGAUCGCGUUCGGUUUGUUACGAGUAGCACAAGAAGUACCGAAGUUCCCAGAUGCUCCUAAAGAUGAUGCUAUGCACAAAAAUAAUAUAUAUAUGUGUUUUCAAAGUCGUUUCCGCCACAAGAUACAAAAAAAGAAAAAAGGUAAUUAUGAUUUUCUAAUCUCAUGAUUCUGACUUUUGUUUCCUCAUAAUUCUGUUUUUGUUUUUGAAUUCGGACUUUUCCUUGGAAUUCUAAAUUUAUAUACAAUUCUUACUUUUCUUAUAGUUCAGAGUUUAUAUUUCGCAGUUUUUACUUUUUCCUCACAAUUCUGUUUAUCUCACAAUUUUCUUUUUUAUCACAAU